UCACGAAAGCGAAGCUGCAAGGCUAUCACGCAAAAACAAAAUGUAUGAAGCGAUGUCCCUUUGAAUGCUACGAACCAUUUUAAAAUACUUUCCUUUGCAAACGUCUCAACGCUAGGCUCAGAAACAUUCUCCCAUAGCAAUGGGACCCCUCUACAGCAGUGUUGUUGUUCUGGUGUUCAUCUCCCAUGUGUACGCUCUUCCGAAAUUGGGUUUCCCAUCGAAGAAGCCAGCAGUUUAUCGACCUACGUACUGUCUCACCCUACCAUUUAAUAGCAACUGCAUGCCCCUAACGCCACUGUGGUACUAUGACCCUCAGCUGAAAACCUGCGUGCCGAUAAGUGCUGGAUACCGUGUCGAGGGAGCCAACAAGUUCACCUCCCUAAAGAAGUGCUCGGAAAUGUGUGAAUCACGCGCUAAGGUCACUUUCAAGCAGUGCCUGACGCCACCAACCACCACUGCCGGUGCUGUUCUGAGAUAUGCCUGGUACUUUGAUGAGUUCACAAAAUUCUGCAAAAUGUUCACAUUCCACACGUGCACUAAUACCAACGGCAACUACUUUGCGAGUGAAUUGAAGUGCGAGUCGGUGUGCCUCCCGAAAAUGAAGCCGACGCCUCUCUGCAGCGCGGACCCCAUUCGAGAUACAUGUCUUUUCCAAAGGAAACACUUUUUCUUUAGUUUCAAAAAUAACACAUGUAUGCAAUUCCCAAAGAAAGGUUGCGGGAAAGGAAGUAACAGCUUCGCCUCAAUGGCUAAGUGCAUGGACACAUGCAGUU